UGGAAUUCACAAUUAAUUUUUCAACACUAAUUUCAUAUUCUGUACGCAUAUAUAUACAAUGCCAUCAAUCAAAGCCACCACUGCAAAUCCAUUGCUUAUUUCGCACUAGUCGUUAAACCAUUUUCAAAUCAAGAAUAAGAAAAUAAUGGGGAGUUUGAGGGCGAUUUUGAAGCACCCUGAUGAUUUGUACCCGUUGGUGAAACUGAAACUGGCGGCGAGGCACGCAGAGAAGCAGAUCCCGCGGGAGCCACACUGGGGAUUUUGCUACGCUAUGCUACACAAGGUUUCUAGGAGUUUUGCUCUCGUCAUUCAACAGCUCGACACCGAUCUUCGUGAUGCCAUAUGCAUUUUCUACUUGGUUCUUCGAGCGCUUGACACUGUUGAGGACGAUACAAGCAUAGCUACGGACAUCAAAGUACCUAUCCUGAUGGCUUUUCAUCGUCACAUAUAUGAUCGUGAAUGGCAUUUUUCAUGUGGUGUAAAGCACUACAAAGUUCUCAUGGAUGAGUUCCAUCACGUUUCCACUGCUUUUCUGGAGCUUGGAAGAAGUUAUCAGGAGGCAAUUGAGGAUAUUACCAUGAGGAUGGGAGCAGGAAUGGCAAAAUUUAUAUGCAAGGAGGUAGAAACAAUUGAUGAUUAUGAUGAAUAUUGCCACUAUGUGGCUGGACUUGUUGGGUUAGGGUUGUCGAAGCUGUUCUAUGCAUCUGGAAAAGAAGAUUUGGCUUCUGAUACUCUCUCCAACUCAAUGGGGUUAUUUCUUCAGAAAACAAACAUUAUCAGAGACUACCUGGAGGAUAUUAAUGAGAUACCAAAGUCACGUAUGUUCUGGCCUCGUCAGAUAUGGAGUAAAUAUGUCAACAAACUUGAGGAUUUAAAAUAUGAGGAAAACUCUGUCAAGGCAGUACAGUGCCUCAAUGACAUGGUUACAAAUGCUUUGAUACAUGUAGAAGAUUGCCUGAAGUACAUGUCUGCAUUGCGAGAUCCAGCUAUCUUUCGGUUUUGUGCUAUUCCACAGAUCAUGGCAAUUGGAACACUAGCUUUGUGCUACAACAAUAUUCAAGUCUUCAGGGGUGUUGUGAAAAUGAGACGUGGUCUUACAGCUAAAGUUAUUGACCGAACCAAAACAAUGUCAGAUGUCUAUGGGGAUUUUUAUGAUUUCUCUCGCAUGCUGAAGUCUAAGGUGGACAACAGUGAUCCUAACGCUAAUAAAACAAAGGAGAAGCUAGAAACAAUCUUGAAAAUUUGCAGAGACUCUGGAUCUCUAAACAAUAGGAAAUCUUACAUCAUUAGGAGCGAGCCUAGAUACAAUUCAACUACGAUCGUUGUCAUCUUCAUCAUACUUGCUAUGCUUCUUGCCUACCUCUCUGCGACUAGACCAAAUAAUAUAUGAUGGUUCUCUGUGAAAAAGCAAUUUGUCAUUGACUAGCUGUAGGAGCGAUGAGCCUUUCUAUCAAAAUGAUCCAUAAAUACACAAUUAAAUGACGAUAUUCGAACCUUCAAUAUGUAAGCAUCCAAGUAAAUACGCACUUUUUUCCUAUAUGUAACAUUAUGAGAGGAUACAAGUUCUGUACUGUGUAUUGCUGAAUGGCAUGUAUGUGACCAUAAGCCCGGAAAGCAACUGGAAACACUGUAAAGCCGAUAAGCAUGUAAUGUGUACCUUUUCUUCUCAGUUUGUAUUCAGUUUUGGGAAAUUAUGAAUAAACGCAUUCCAUGCUAAUCCAUUCUCUUUAAA